AUGAAGAAGCAUCACUCGGUGCAGGGCACCUUCAGCCGCCUCUUCGGCAAGCGGCAGCCCAGCCCCGCCGCCGCUUCGCUCUUCGCCACCAACCCGCCCUGGAUCUUCUCGCAGGAGGUGACCUCGGAGAGCGCGGGUGGCACAGGUGAUGUGAUUGAGGUGUAUUAUGGUGACAAUCGCUUCGGGACAGUGACUGACUCGGGCACAGCCACACUCAAACCUCGGCCCCGGGUCCGGCCGCUCCUGACCUUCCUGCCCCUCAAUGCCCAAGAGUCCCAUGGGGUGGCUGUGCCAACGCCACUGGUGCCACAAGACUUUGAGCAGAAAGCAGCUCUUGACUCUGGCUCCCAGAUCAAUGGCAACUACCGAACGUACAGCUCGGUGGGGGACCUGCGCCCACAGGCUCUGGAGGGGGAUGACCUGGAAGAAGACAUCCCUCCUCCACCCUCAGUGCCCCCACCACCCCCUCCAACAGCACCAGCACCUGUGCCACCACCUCCAGCUUCGCCAGUCCCUCCUCCACCUGAAGUGCUGCCUCCACCGCCACCACCACCACCUGAGAUGGUGCCACCACCGCCCACUGUGGCACCUCCACCACCUCCAGGCUCUGCCUUGUCCUCUCCCAGCACACCAGCUCCUCCAGACUUCAUUCCACCAGCCCCACCAGGCGCUCUGUCAUCCAGCUGGGCCCCAGCACCCUUCACCAAUGGCAUCUCCAAGUGGAAGUCUGAGACUGUGCUGAACACGAGGCAGGUGGACGGUGAGAGGCCACUCUGCCCUGCCAAGGCUGGGGUGCCAGCUUCCCCCAGCCCAAACGAGACCCUGCAACCCAAGAACUGUCCUGAGCCCCACCUCACCUUCCCCAGGUCCUUCAAGGUGCCCCCUCCAGCCCCAGCCCGCUCCUCCUCCAUCCCCACGCAGGAGAACCAGCAGGCAGGGCAGGAGCCCCUCCCCAGGCAGCCUCAUGCCCGGCCCCCUCUCCCGCCAUGCUUCACCAUCAGACCUGCAGCCAAGGCUUACGCAGGAGGAGAAGCUGAGCAAAGGAAGUCCCCCCUGAGACAGCCAUUCACCAAGCCAGCUGUGCCCACACCCCCUCCACUGAGCCCCAAGCCGGGCCCUGGCCUCACCCAAGGGAUGAAUCCUGCUGGUCCCCGGUCCCCACUGGCAGGCUCCCAGGUGGAGAAGCUUCCCCAGCCAAAACCAGCCGAGAGAGACUCUCCUCCAAAAUCUGAACCUCUCUCUGCCAACGACCUGGACCUCCCCCCGCCAGACUACCCUACCUGUGAGGAGGAGGAUGACUGGAAGGACCCCAGCAACCUGAGCAAGCUGCAGCAUGAGCUCUCAGCCCUGCUUCGCUCUCCACGCAGGGAGGAGAGGCUGCUGGAGAAGCCAGCUGCCCCCCGGCCCAUGGGUGGCAGUGCCAACCGUGCCAGCAGCCAUGAGCCCAGUUUCAGCAGGCCCCAAGUUGUUGGACCUCCUGGGAAGGAUGUAAGGUUACCUGCAGGAGGGGAGAGUGAGAAGAAAGAUGUGCCCAGUGUACUCCCCAGUGCCAAGGAGGUUUCUCCCAGCAUGGCUCUCUCUGCUCCAGAGAGCAACCCAACCACACAGCCCCGCAGUGUGCUGGAGAUCAGGAACGAGCUGGAGGCUGUGCUGGCCCAGAAGAAAGAAGGAAAACCUGCCCUAGGGCUCAGCAGCCAGAAGCAGGGCACUGAGGAUGGCAGCAGCGCCCCACACCUGGGGAAGAGCUCCCCUGACCCAGGUGACUCAGUGCUGCCAAAACCAGCCCCAAUUCCAAAACCAGCCUCAAGCCUUCUGCCAGCACCAGCAUGUGCAGCGGAGAAGAAUGAGAUGAAGCACAAGGACCAUCCCACUGCUGCCACUAAGAAGGCCACAGAGAACUUGAAUGGGUCCCUCGACAGCAGCGUGAGCCCCCCAGACCCACCUCAGGGACCAGCAGAGGAGCCUCCUGCUCCCACCUCCCCCUCGCCCCCCAGCUCUCCCGCCCCGAGCCCAGCCUCGCAGCCCUCCGCUACCAUCUUCCAGUACAAAGUGCACCGGGCUGGGACCAGCUCAGCCGAAGCGCCCUGUGCCGAGCUGCCCUGCCCCACCGGCUCGGCCAGGAGCCCGCCGGGCACGGGGCAGGAGGAGGUCCUGAUCCACCCCGUGACGGGCGAGCGGGUGGAGCGGGGCUCCCCCAUGGCACUACUCCUGGCAGCCCGGCAGCGUGCCCAGCGGGGCCGACAAGGGAGCGAGGGGGGAGCCACGCCGCGGGCGAAGCCAGCGCUGAAAUUUGACAGUGCCUCAUCAGACACCACCUCCACCACCUUCUACCGCCACGAGUCCAAGCCCUACUCCUUCACCGUGGUGCCUCGGCCGGCUGCGGCGGGGUCAGGAUGCAGCAAGCCUCCAUCCUUCUCCAGCUCCUCGGAGCAGGGUCGGGACACACGGGCAGUCCCCGAGGCGCAGCCCCCAACCUUCUCUGGGCACCAGCAGCGAGCUGCUGCCUCCAGCCUGCUGCGGGGACUCCUGGAGCCCGGGCAGCAGACCCAGCCCCGGCACAAGGAGGAGGAGAACGGGGAGCCGGUGCUGGACUACGGCAUCAUCCCCCCGCCCCCCGAAUUCAGCAACGAGGCAGACGAGGCUGAGGGGUCCCUCCUCAGCCGGGAGGACAGCCGCAAGUGCCCCAGCUUCCCCGACUGCAGCCGGGGCUCGGAGGCUCCGCGCUAUUUCAGGUGGCCUGGCUACGGCCGCAGCUACGGGGCCAGCCGUGAGCCGCCGGCCCCGCUGCCCUCGGAGACCCGGAGGAACGGCGACUUUACACCCCCGUACCCGGAGCACGGCAGCUCCGCCGGGUACCUCAGCAGCGGCCCCAACCCUCGCCCGCUGAUCAAGAAGCGCCUGUACGUCUCUGAGCCCGACAGCUCCUACCCCCGGGCCGCUGCAGCCCCCCGGGGCACCGGCACCCUCUCCUCCUACACUCCGGGCGGGUACAGCUCCUCGGCUGGGGACGGGGUCCGCCGCCUCGGCUCUGCUCACAGGAAUGGCCCAGCGAGUGCCCAGGGCAGGCGGAUGUCCAUGGAUGCUGCUGGCAAAGCCACACCGUACAGCAGUGCCGGGGCCGAUGCCAAGUACAAAGGGCAGAACGGGGACUUCUCACCCACCAGCGUGGUGGCAGCCAGCAGACCUGCACACAGCAGUUCACCAUACACUGGACCAACCAACACCUUCACAGUCAGACCUGGAGCACGCCAGCCCAUCUCCUAUGUCUACCAGAGUGGCCACCGAUAG